AACGACUUCAGCUUUCUUUUCACUUUAGGUAGGACGGCGGCGAGCCUAGUUAGGAGCAGAAGCGUGAAUCUCGCUUGAUUUCAAACAAGAUGGUAAAAGAAACAAAAUAUUAUGAUUUAUUAGGGGUACCACCAACUGCCACUAACGAGCAGCUGAAGAAAUCUUACAGAAAACUAGCACUGAAGUUUCAUCCAGACAAGAAUCCAGAAGGCGGCGAAAAAUUCAAGGAAAUCAGUCAGGCCUAUGAAGUUCUCUCCGAUGAAAAGAAGAGGAAGAUAUAUGACCAAGGAGGAGAGCAGGCCCUCAAAGAGGGUGGUGGUCCAGGUGAUUUCCACUCGCCUUUCGACAUAUUUGAUAUGUUUUUUGGUGGUGGAAAAAGACGAAACCCAGGAGAAAAACCUCGUGGUAGGAAUGCGAUACAUCAGUUGAAAGUGACAUUAGAGGAACUCUAUAGCGGCGCCACUCGACAGCUGUCGAUUCAGAAGAACGUUAUUUGUGAUGGUUGCAAUGGGAUAGGUGGUAAAGAAGGGUCUGUUGAAAAAUGCAAACCUUGUCAAGGCACUGGUAUUGUGAUAAAAUUGCGUCAAAUUGGACCUGGAAUGGUGCAACAGAUCCAGCAGCCUUGUCAUGAGUGUGGGCAAACUGGUGAAAAAAUCAAAGAAAAAGAUAAAUGCAAGAAAUGCAAUGGGAAGAAAAUUGUUAAAGAGAAGAAUGUACUGGAAUGUCAUAUUUUGCAAGGAAUGAGUGAUGGGCAAAAAAUAACCUUUCCCGGAGAAGCUGAUCAAGCCCCUAAUACAGAACCAGGUGAUGUUGUUAUUGUAUUAGAUGAAAAAGAACACCCUGUUUUCCAAAGAAAUGGUAGCAAUCUAGUUAUGAAAAUGACAAUCACAUUGUCAGAAGCCCUAUGUGGAUUUAAGAGACUGAUACCUACAUUAGAUGACCGUACUUUGCUUGUAACAUCUGAGCCUGGAGAGAUAGUUAGGCCAGGUGAGCUAAAGUGCAUUGAACAUGAAGGAAUGCCCACCUACAAAAGGGUGUAUAAUAAAGGUAGCCUCAUCAUCAAAUUCGAUGUUAAGUUUCCUGAGGAUAAUUGGAUAGAGCGGAACAAACUUAUGGCCCUAGAAAACUAUCUUCCUAAGAGGGAGGAAUACAUCAUAUCUGAUCUUGCAGAAGCUGUUAAUCUCAAAGAUUAUGACCAAGAUGGAAGCAACAGGAACCCAUACACGGAAGGAUAUGAUGAUGAUGAAGAAGAACAAGGGAACCAUGGCAGAGGUGUACAAUGUCAGACUUCUUAGUGCUUGUAGAUAAGAAAUGUUUAGAAGCAGCAAUGUAGUAUGCAGUUUGUCAGAAGUUUAUCAAAGUGUUUUCUCUGGUAUUUGAGAGAAACAUGCUUUA